AUGAAUACGCUGAUAUUCCAGGAUCAGUUUGGCGGCGUCAACGCAAAAAGUGCGUGUCGACAUAGACAUAUGGCUGCCUUGGGUGCGCUAUGGAGCUCUAGUGGAAGCCUACCUCCUCAAGAAGGACAACCAAUUCAACCAGUUCCUUAUCGUUUAUGCCUUGGAUUGCACGAUGUUUUCAUUGCACUGUUUUUGGUGAUGAUGAUUUUGUUGACCGUUAUUGGAAAUAUACUUGUGGUGUUGUCCGUCGUCGUCUACAAACGUAUGCGUACAUUCACUAAUAUUCUAUUAACCUCAUUAGCUACAGCAGAUCUUUUGGUGGGGCUAGUUGUUAUGCCAAUGUCACUUCUAGAUUUGCUUCAUAACCACCGAUGGCCUUUAGGAAAAUUUUUAUGCGGUUUAUGGGCAACGUCUGAUGUUCUCCUCUGUACUGCUAGUAUAUUAAAUCUUUGUGUGAUUAGCUUGGAUCGAUAUAUGGCAAUCACAUCGCCACUUAAAUAUCCAAGAACAAGAUCACGAAAAAUGGCUGCAGGGUUGUUGUCGUGUGUUUGGUUACUAUCCUUAGUGGUUUGCAGUCCACCAUGGUUUGUUCCUGGAUGGGGAUUGUUCGUUGAUCAUAAGAAGGGAUUGUCUGACAAUUUAACCACUGUCAUCAAUCGUGAUGAGACCUUUAUGUGCGGCUACUCGCCAUCAGUACCAUAUCGAAUCUACAGCGCUCUCGGAAGCUUCUAUAUCCCAUUACUGGUGAUGCUCUCUGUUUACUUCAAAAUCUUCCGAGUUGCAUCCGAACGAGAGGCUUUGAUGCAGCAAUCGAUUGGAACAUGUCGUUUAAGUAAUCGAAUAGUUAAAACGCCACCGAAUAAUCGUAAUAAUCUUAGGACAGCUAGCGCUCCACAUUCACGGAUGAGGGUACAAGUGAACAAUUCCGGCCGAGUGAACUAUUCCGUUCGACCAGUUGAGUACGCUAGGCGUCAUGAGUCGGCGAAUCGUCAGGAAUCGCGAUCGACAGAAUGUGAGGAUUCACCUCAGAACAGCAUGGAGAUGUCCACGAUGCUAUUAACCACACCGAAUGGUUCACAAAAACAUCGUAUGUCUAUGGAACGAGAGUGCUUUUCGAUGGCUGAUCUUGCCAACGGUGACCAACAAGCACCGAAGAGGAAAAGCACUGAAGUGAACUCAGAAGUGCCGGCUAUGACUCGUAGGGCACAAGCUGUGCACGCUCGAUUACAACCAAAUAAUUUGCUUGCAAAGGCCUACGAACACUAUCAAAUUAAUGGACCUGGGAAAGCAGUUCGAGGUUCUAAGGAGAAAAUGGUGUAUUUAAGAGAGCGAAAAGCUCUGAAAACUAUUGGUAUUGUUGUUAUGGGUUUCAUUAUUUGUUGGAUGCCAUUCUUUGUCAUGUACUUGAUAGAAGUUUUUGCCACAUCGGUGAGCACGUCACGAGCCUUUAAACUCAUCAGCGAAUUCUUCCUGUGGCUCGGAUAUUCAAACUCGGUAUUGAAUCCAAUUAUCUACACUAUGUAUAACGAGUACAAUAUUCUGAUUGUUUUGUGGGUACUAUUCACGACUACAUCCUUAUUCUGGGCUUCACACGAUCUCCUGCCUUUAUUCAAUUCAUUUCUGUUAUAG